UACCUGGCAACAAGCUCAAAGUUCAACUGCUCAUAAAUACACUAAAAGUGAAACUGAGCUUAGAAAAGCAGAACCAAUUACCAUAUUGUGUUUAAUGCUUGUCUUAUAUGCUAUUGCUAUAUGUUGCUAGGUUUGGCCUGUGAUUAUUAUUAUGGCUGUAUUAUUGUAUUGUAGUACUUUGAUGAUCAUUAAACCACUGUAGAAGUGUAUUCAGUUGAUCAAGUUUGCCUUUAAAAGCACAUGAUGCACUCUUGACCUUAUCUACUGACCUUUUAUAUGCUGUAACUACAUUUUUUCUGUUUUAAGUAAUAUGCAAAAUGUUUCGCACUUUGUUUUUGUAGAUGAAAUAAAUGUUUAGUCUGUUAGGAAAGAAAAAAUAGAAAAGGUUAUCUGAGGUGCAUGAUACAUGAUGACCCUGAUUGCUGAAGUGUUUGUUGGAAAAGAGGAACAAAAUGCAAGAACUGGAAGCUGUACAAGACAAGCAUAACACCAUACAUGGAAUUUUUAUUGAUUGUCUUGCAAAACACAGGGGUCUUCUGACAGAGAAGUGUGACUGCAGACGAGGCACUUCUAUUAAUGGUUGUGUUGUGUGAGCUGUUCAGUGGACUUCUCUUUUGCAGCAGAGCUCAGGGAGCCUGUAUGCAUACGCUUUAGUGAUUUAUUAAAGGCAGUUGGACUGCAAAAGAAUACUGUGUCUCUGGUAUUUAGUUGCCUUUCUCACCUAACUAGACAAGCUGAUAUUUCAGCUGCAACGACAAUACAAUAGCGGGAAAAACACUGAAUUGCUACACUUGGAAGUUGAGGAGAAGAAAAGCAGGGCCGUUACUACCUUGCAACAUAUGAGCACUGGACAAUUAAUAAGCCAGAGCAAUUUUAAGCCAGGAGCCUAUCAAUGAUUUACAGAAUUUAACGGUGCAGUCUAAAGAAAUGACCGACAUCACACAGCAGAACUGCAGGAUGCCUCACCAGACAAACAGACCAUCCCUUCAAUCUCCCCUCAAAAUCCUCAGUGUUUUGUUUGUCCAUCUUCUCCUAACACACUCAUGUAAAGGUCAGUCCCAGUUAAUUGGUUCAUCUCAGCCAAUAGUGGCAACAGUUGGUGAUGACAACAUUUUGCCAUGUCAUCUGGAACCUGCCAUGGAUGUUGCUGCCAUGAUACUGGAGUGGACCAGAUCUGACUUGGACCCCAUAUAUGUCCAUGUGUGUCGUGCUGGUCAGGAUGUCAUACAUAUUAAAAAUCCAUCCUACAAGGGCCGAACAUCACUGUUCACUGAUGAGCUGAAGCAGGGAAACAUUUCACUGAAACUCUCUAAAGUGAAACUUUCUGAUGGGGGAAAAUACAAAUGUAACAUUCCAAAACUCAAUAAACAAUCUUUUGUUGAACUUUUUGUUGCAUCAGGUGCUGUCUGCUCGCCUGUCAUCAGUUUAGCAGGACUUGACAGAGACAGAGGAGGAGUGGUGUUACAGUGUGAGUCUAAAGGCUGGCAUCCACAGCCUGAGGUGUUUUGGUUGGACGGUGAGGGAAACCUCCUCUCUGCUGGACCUACAGAGACAGUCAGAGGUCCUGAUGACCUCUAUACUGUCAGCAGCAGAGUGACUGUAGAGAAGAGACACAACAACAACUUCACCUGUAGAGUCCAACAGAACAACAUCAACCAGACCAGAGAGACACACAUUAUUGUUUCAGAUGAUUUCUUUAAGCUCCAGUCCAGUUCUUCUCCUGCCAUAAUUGGUUUGGCUGUUUGUUUGGCUGUUUGCAUCGUGUUUAUUUCACUCUUUUUUGUGUGGAAAUUGAAACAAAACAAGACCAAGAGAAGCCGCAGGGAUGAAACUGAAGGAGGAAGUAAGAACGUUUCUAAAAGUAAUGACACUCAAAUGCAGCCUCUAAAUGCAGAAGGAACAGAAGGAGAAACAGUAGAUCCAACAGUGUCAGCAGAGAACAAGAGGGGAAAAGAAAAGACCAAACAUAUAAAAGUCUCACAAGAUGAAGUCAACAAGCUCCAGGAUGAAAAGGAAACUGAGGAAAAACUCAGGAUGGAUCUGGAGAAGAAGAACAAAGAGCUAAAAGCAAGUGAACAGAAAGUAGCAGAACUUCAGAAACAGAACAUCUCCUGCGCGACCAUCCAGCGCUCAGUCAGAGGAGACGUCUUUGUGGAGGAGGUCGACCUGAACGGCAAAUAUGUCUGUCUCAGCAACAAGUCAAAUAAGGAACAAGAACUGAAUGGCUGCGAGUUACAAAUACGAGUCAACGAUGGGGAACCCAUCAUAUAUAGAUUUGACAGCUACAAACUCAAGGCUGGACAGACUAUCACUAUCCGGGCUAGUGAUAGUAUUCCUCUGCACAAAACUCCCACUGACUUGGUGGGUUGGAACCAGAUAUCCUGGGGCCCUGAAGACCGAGUGCUGGUGACACUCUUCAGCAGCUUCGGAGAGGAAAUGGCCAUGAGAAGUCACAACCCACAACACAGACAAUAGACAUGAUUUAGGAACAACAUGACUCAGAUCAUCCUGCAGUGACCACAUACUGCAGUAACUCUUUGUUAACACCUGGUCACACAACUUGUUGAUCUAGAAUCCAAAAACUGUUCUUCUGAUAUCAAAUCCACUAUCACAUUUUUGUUCUUGUUAUUGUAUUCAACAAUUACAACAUAUUAUGAUUGAAAUGAGGUGAAAAGUCCAGAUCUGGUUUUGUAUUUAUUUGUAAAACAGCGAGAAACAUCUUCAUUGAUAAGAUAAAAUGUCACUUAAAUCUCAGUUACUGAACUGAAGAAGGUGCGUUUCCAUCCACAUUUUCAAUUAAAUUACACAUAAAAAACCUGAAGGGAAAUGCGGAAAGUUCAAAAAUAUCCUGAAAUAUUAUAAAAAGCUUUUUAUGCUUGGCUACAUGGAAAACCCGGCAUAUCGAUAAAAGCAAAACAUGUCAAAGUACAAUGGAAACAGAUUUAGCAAAUAAAUCAUGAUGUCCAUGAAUAAUGUGAUUUAAAUGUUCACUCAUGUUUUCGCUUCACUGUGGAGACAAAAACAGCAACAGACAAACAUAUCAGAACGAUGAGGAGGCUCAUCAAACAUUUUUCACUGUUUGAGGUUUGUCUGACUCUUUUUAUUACCUUAAAUUAGAUGGAAAAUUAUUGCCACCAGCCGUUUAUCUUGAUGAACCAACUCAUAUUUGCAAAACAGAGGUGGACGGAAACGUGCAUUAAAUUCCAAUUUUCUUUUAUAAUGAUCAUAUUUUUGCUAUUUUUCAUUUUUCAUUUUUUUCAUUUUCUUCAUUUUUCAUAUUCUGGUGACUGUAAAUCCUCAGGCUUGACAGUAAAGAUAUUUUUGUUAUUCCAUGUUUUGUGUUGUUUGCAAUUCAUUGUAAACUGUCAGUUUAGAAAUCCAUCUACAAUUUUUCUAAUUAUAAAAAGAGAUAAAAAGCCAAAUAAACACAUGUUCGAUUUAUACCUUGUGAAUCUGCAGGUAUUCAAGAGUCCAGAUACUGAUGUGCAUUUUUGACAAUAUUUGCUCUGAAUAUGAAGUACUAAAGAUGUUUUUGUAUUUUUUUUUUAAAUUUGUGUUGUGAUACAAUAUGUAAACUACUUUUGUUUAUUGUGAUAUUUGUACAUUAUUUGAUGUUUUGCAAAAUUAGUUCUGAUGACAAACUUUUGUUAAUUGAAACAUAUUUUUUUAUUAACACAUUUUUUAUUCAAAUGGACAAAGAAAAUCAUUAAGUGUAUUUUCCAAAAUUAGUUAAAUACUGAAAAAUGUUACAAAGAAUAGGAAAUAAAACGUGUGUCUGCAGCCACAUCUU